CACCUUUUUAUAUUCACUUUAAUAUUUUAUUUUUAUUUUGAUGAAUUAUGCGCUUUAUAUUUAAGUAGCACACUUUGGAGCCUUUGGCUAUAAUCUGAUAGCCAUUGUUGCAGGUUGCAGGUUGCAGGUUGCAGGUUGCAGCCAGCAAUGAAGGUCUCAACCCAGACCACUAUGUUAAGACCAUUUUGCCCCUCAUGCUCCUUCUCUCUAUCGCUCUCUUCAUGCUCCACUCUAGCUUCCCUCACUCCCCACCGGGAAGAAAGCCUUUGGAUUGGCAAACUAGAAUGAAGAUUGCAAAAGGUGCAGCAGAAGGACUUGAAUAUCUACAUGAAGAAGCUGAUACUCCAGUGAUAUAUCGCGAUUUCAAGUCAUCAAACAUACUGCUAGAUGAAAAUUUCAAUCCAAAGCUCUCUGAUUUUGGACUUGCAAAGUUUGGUCCAACAGGUGAUAAAACACAUGUAUCCACAAGGGUGAUGGGAACUUAUGGCUACUGUGCUCCUGAAUAUGCCUCAACAGGUCAAUUGACAUCAAAAUCUGAUGUAUACAGCUUUGGAGUAGUGCUUUUAGAGAUGAUCACCGGAAGAAGAGUGUUUGAUCAUUCAAGACCAUGUGAAGAGCAAAACUUAGUCGCUUGGGCACAACCACUAUUCAGAGACAGAAGGAAACAUGCAUCAAUAGCUGAUCCAUUGCUAGAAGGGAAGUACCCAAAAAAGGGUCUAUCCCAAGCACUAGCAGUUGUUGCAAUGUGUCUUCGAGAGGAAGCUGAAGCUAGACCUGUGAUAAGUGAUGUAGUUACAGCUCUUGGCAAUUUAUCAAAGAAGCACGUGUAAAGUUGGUAAGCAACAACGUAUACAAAUACUUAAUCUCAGGAUAGAGAAUGCUGCUAAGAAAAAUGAAUCUGAGUGAAGAGGGUCAUACAAAAAGAUAGUAAAUGGAUUGCUAAUGAAGUUUGUGAUUCAUUCCAUAAAAUUUCAUCUUGCUGCAACUUGGUAUCAUGAUGAAAAUCAAAACCAUUACCACAUGUUUUUCAUAUUAAUUUAUUGAGUAGUAAUAGUAGUCAUUGAUGAUAGAAACAAGAUUGCUACCAGAUUCAUGAGUGCCUACUCAUUGAGAUUGUCAUAAAUUUUGUUACAGUAGAUUGAGGUGACAAAAACAACUUGUUUAUAAACUGAAUUUUAUACACUUGUUUGGGUUUGAAAAAUAGUGAAUUAAUGACUGUAAGAAUGGAAGAAUAUGGAAAUAAUUUUGGUGCCUUUCAUUGAUCAAUAGCAAGAGUAUAUAUACAGGUAAAGUCAACCUAGGAAUAAAUACAAUUACAAGGAAUUAGGCAUAAUUACAGGAAGAAUAUUUCCUAUUCUAUCACACCCUCGCAGUCGAAGCGGGAGGUUCACUGACGCUGAGACUGGACCGAAAAUCAUCAAAGAGAACGCGAGGGAGGCCUUUAGUGAAGAUGUCUGCAAUCUGGUGACGAGAAGGAACAUGAAGGAUGCGUGCCUGACCAUGGGCGACCUUCUCUCGAACAAAGUGAAUGUCCAUCUCAAUGUGUUUAGUGCGCUGAUGCUGGACAGGAUUGCCGGAUAAGUAGAUGGCACUAACAUUAUCACAGUAGACUAAGGUAGCCUGAGAAAGAGGAAAGUGAAGCUCUAAAAGCAGGUUGCGUAGCCAACAUGAUUCGGAAACCACAUUAGCCACGCCUCGAUACUCAGCCUCAGCACUGGACCGGGAAAGCGUAGGUUGUCUCUUGGACGACCAGGAAAUGAGAUUGUCGCCGAGAAAUACACAGUAACCAGAAGUAGACCGACGAGUGUCGGGACAACCACCCCAAUCUGCAUCAGUGUAGGAAAUAAGCUUCUCGAUAGGAGAAGGAUAGAGAUGCAAGCCAAACUGUAAGGUGCCCUGAACAUAGCGUAGGAUGCGCUUCAGUGCAAACAAAUGCUCUGUGCGGGGGGCAUGCAUGUGAAGACACACCUGCUGAACGGCAUAAGAGAUGUCAGGACGGGUGAAUGUAAGAUACUGCAAAGCCCCAGCAAGACUCCUAUAUAAAGUAGGAUCAUCACACAGAGUACCAGCAGAAGUACUGAGUUUCUGCUUGGUGUCAACUGGAGUGGCAGAAGGAUUGCACGAUGUCAUACCGGCGCGAGCAAUAAUGUCACGUGCAUAUGUACUCUGACUAAGAAAAAGUCCACCUGCAUGUCUGGUGACGGCAAUGCCCAGAAAAUAGCUCAACGGUCCCAAAUCCUUCAUAGCAAAUUCAGAGGCAAGAAGGGCCAUGAUAGAGUUACGAAGGUCAUGAGAGGAGCUGAUGAGGAUGAUGUCAUCAACAUAAAGCAGGAGGUAAGCCAUGUCAGAGCCUCGUCUGUAGAUGAAAAGAGAGUGAUCAGAGGUGCUAUGCUGAAACCCAAUGGUGGAGACAUAGUCUGCAAAACGCUGGUACCAAGCACGAGGCGCUUGCUUCAAGCCAUAAAGAGAUUUUCGCAAGCGACACACAUAAUCAGGAUGAGUACGGUCACGGAAACCCAGGGGCUGAUGCAUGUAGACGGUCUCAUGCAGAUCACCAUGGAGAAAUGCAUUCUGAACAUCUAACUGGUGAAUGGGCCAAGACCUGGAGAGGGCAAUGGUGAGAACUGUGCGAAUGGUCACAUGUUUCACCACAUGACUAAAGGUCUCAUCACAAUCAACACCCGCAAUCUGUGACCUGCCAUCACCUACAAGACGAGCUUUAUAACGCUCAAAACAACCAUCAGCUUUCGUCUUAUGACGAAAAAUCCACAUGCAACGAAUGAUAUUAACAUCACUAGGACGAGGAACCAAAUCCCAAGUGUUAUUUCUAAUUAAAGCAUCAAAUUCAGACUGCAUUGCGGAUUUCCAAUUUGGGUCUGAAAGAGCGAGCUUUGGGUUUUUGGGAAGAGGUGAUAUGGUGGGAUCAUCAAUGGUGACAGAAAAGUUGAAGAGCUUUCUGGGUUUGUAGAUACCACGCAUGCUGCGAGUGGCCAUGGUACGGAUAGGAGGUACAAGCGGAGUGGGCGAAGGAGGGGAAGGGGAAGAGGGUAGGGAGUCAGAGGAGGAGGAAGAGGUCGUGGGGAGUUGCGGUGUGGGCACAACAGGAGGCACUACAGGUGUAGGGGUAGGGUCAGGUACGGUGGAUGGACUAGUCCACUGGUGAAUGAUAGAGGGAUGUAUAGGUUCUGAGAAGCAGUCAUAUGUGGAGAGAGGAGGGGUAGUCAUGGUGGCAAAGGGAAACUGAGUCUCAUAAAAAAUGACAUGUCGAGAGAUAAGGAUCUUUCUGUGUGACAAAUCAAAACACUUAUAACCUCGGUGAUGAAGUGGGUACCCUAGGAAGACACACGGGGAGGAGCGUGGUUGUAACUUGUUAAUGGUAGUGGAGGGGACCAAAGGGUAACAAAGACAACCAAAGACGCGAAGAUGUGUGUAAGACGGGUCACGACGAUAUAGAAGUUGAGUGGGAGAGAGAUUAGACAGAGUCUUCCGAGGAAUGAUAUUAAGCAGAUAUGUAGCCAUUUGAAGGGCAUGAUGCCAAAAGGACGGAGGAACAGACGCAUGAGCGAGAAGAGUGCGAAUCAUGUUGUUAAUGGUGCGUAUUUUACGCUCCGCCUUGCCAUUUUGAGAUGAUGUAUGUGGGCAGGAGAAGCGAAAAAUAAGACCAUUAGCAGCACAAUAAUCAUGAAAAGAUUUAUUGUCAAAUUCUCGCCCAUUAUCACAUUGAAGACAUUUUACAGUUUGAGAAAAGUGCGUGCGGAUUUGAUUUGAAAGAGAAGUGAACAUUUCAAAAACUUGAGAUUUAUUACUUAAAGGAAAUGUCCACAAGAAAUCUGUUAAAUCAUCCAAGAAUAAAACAUAAUAACGAUGACCAGCAGACGAUAAAACAGGCGAAGUCCAUAGAUCACUGUGUAAAAUGUCAAAAGGCAUCACAGUUACAUUACUAGAAGAAACAAAGGGCAACCGAAUAUGUUUGCCCAACACACAAGACUCACAAACGGUGCUAGAAUUCAAAUGCUCAUAAUUAAUGAACUUAUUACUACGAAGAGACUGCAAAGCAGAAGGACUGGGAUGACCAAGGCGGUUGUGCCAGAGACUCUGAGCUAGACCAGCAAAUGGAAAGGAAGGAGUGACUGGAUAUAGGUCGCCAGGACUAUUACAUCUCAUGAGUGGAAUCCCCGUCUGAAAAUCAUGAACCGAGAAGCCAAAAGGGUCAAAACAAACAGAAACAUUGUUAUCAGUAGUGAGUUGUCGCACAGAAAUCAAGUUUUUAACAAUUUGUGGUGUGUGCAAGACAUGGGAAAGGGUCAAAGGCUUGUGUUUGUGGGAGGUGGGGAGGGUGGUGUCUCCAGAACCCUGAAUUGGAAUGCCUUGUCCGCUACCAACAUACAGUUUCUGAUUAAGAUGACUUAAAUUAGAAUAAGACGUGAGAUUACCUGGUGAUGCUGCUACAUGAGAUGAUGCUCCAGUGUCCAUGUACCAGGUGCCAUCCGGGGGGGGCAAGUGUCAUGGUGUGCAUGGUAGUGGCAAUGUCAGUGGGCACAGGUGAUGCCGAAGCAGCAUAAGCCUGAGGACGCUGUCCCAAAAUGCCGGGCUGCCGAGGUGGAGCAGACGGACGAGUCCACUGAGAGGUAGGAUAUGGGCACGGAGGCAAGGCCCAAGGAGGCGGAGCCCAUCCCCAAUGCUGGUACGGGAAGUACUGCGAGUGAGGUGGCAUUGGAGGAGAGGAGCCCUGAUAGGUGCCACUGCGGGAUCCACCACCGUUGCCACGAUUCCCACCACGACCCUUAGAGUUGUGGGAUCGAGAACGGUUGGAGGACCGACGAUCAGAGCUCUGAGAAGAGACAUCAGAAGGUCGCGGCUGAGUAGCAACAUAGGCAGUAGGAGGCUCAACAUGUUUCAUCUUAGCCAUACCGGCUUCCUCCAAGGUGAGCAUGGAGCGAGCCUGAUGAAACGAGGGGAGCGGAUUGCUCUGGCGAAUCAAAGUGGCGACACCCUUGUAAGCAUCAGUGAGGCCGGAGAUGAGCUGCAAUACCAGACGAUGGUUGUUCACAGGAGCCCCGACAUCACGGAGCUGAUCAGAAAGCGUCUUCAGACGCUGACAGUAGGCGGCGACGGUCGGAAAAACCUCCAUGCGAACAGCAGAGAACUCCUGCUCUAAGGUAACUGCACGGGCGUUCUGAUUAUCAUGAAAUAGAUCCGCCAAACGCGUCCAAGCAUUGAGAGCAGUGGAGUCAGGCUCCAUGAUGGUGGUCAUCAGGUCAACAGAAAUGGUGGAAAAAAUCCACUGAAGGACCGUGGCAUCCAAAGUGGCCCACUGCUCAUAAGUAGGGUCAGUGACUAGCGGAGGAGGCUUGUCCGCAGCAGGAACAAUGUGAUGCAGAACCCGAUGGGAACAGGCAUGAAUGCGAAAAAGCUCCGCCCAAGUGCCAUAGCGGUCAUUGUCCAUGUCAAGCAUAAUAGGAAUGGUAUUCCUAAUGUUCGAAACAGCAAGCGCCGGGUGAAAAUCAGACUUGACCGGCGGUGGAAAAGGAGCCACUGGGGGGACCACCAUAGGAGUGGUGACGUUCUCAGGGGUGCUGUCCGAUGAGGCUUGAGUAGACAUGAAAAGGAGUUUGGCAAAAUAAAAAAAAAUACUGUUUUUUUUUUUUUUUUUUUAAGGCUGCUGCUGGUUGAACCGGACGGUCUGACCAAACCGGGCUGAGAGAACCGGUUCGGUCUGGUUGCUAGAAACGGAUCCGGGUCGGUUCGAGCAGGGUGUUUGGGACCCGAGUCUGCGUUCAAGUGAAACGCAGAUUUGGGCGGUGCUGGCGGCGCGAGCGGCGGCUGCGGGCAAGGUGGGCGGUCGUCGGUGCGAGGGGCAGUGGCGGCGCGGCUGUAAGAGGCGGCGGUGCUGAGAUCCGGCGAGAGAGACACUACUCGCGAAGAGGAUGAUGGCGCUGGAACUUUGCAGAGGCAGCGGAGGGGCGUCACGGAGACACACGCGGGAGCGGCGGCGGCGGCCUGGAGUGGCAGGGGCGACGGCGUCCGAUGUAAAGGAAGAAAUGAGAAGGCUGCUGAGUGGAAGAAAAGAAAAUAUAAAAGGGGAAAAGGGAGGUUGCGGAAGCCAAGGUAAGAGGGAGAAUAUGGAAAUAAUUUUGGUGCCUUUCAUUGAUCAAUAGCAAGAGUAUAUAUACAGGUAAAGUCAACCUAGGAAUAAAUACAAUUACAAGGAAUCAAACAUAAUUACAGGAAGAAUAUUUCCUAUUCUAUCAAUGACAAUUUGUUACAAUGCCCAAUAUGCAGGUUUCCUGUUCCUUCAGCUAAAUACAAUAUGAAUUUGACUUUCUAUUUCUUUUCGUAUUAGAAUUUCAUCAUGAAAUUAAAGCAUGUUUGUCUUGUCUUUCUUCAUGUAAAGAUGCUCAUAAUCAAGUAAAUAUAACAUGUUUGGAUCAUCUUAUCUUUCUUCCUAAUCAAAUUGGACCUCAAAAGUUACUCAGAAGCGUCGCCUCAUAAUUGAUUCUAAGUCUUGUUUGAGUACUAGCGGGAGCAUCACAUUGAAAUUAAAAGCAAAGAUGCUCAAUUUUGGCUUCCGGCUACAUGGAUCAAUUUCGAACUAUUACACCUCAAAAGCAACGAUGCUCUCAAUCCAAUAUAACAUCAUUUUUUAUCUAUCAAUUCUGAAGAUCUACAGGUUGCAGCCAGCAAUGGAAGUCUCAACCCAGGCCACUAUGUUAAGACCAUUUUGCCCCUCAUGCUCCUUCUCUCUAUCGCUCUCUUCAUGCUCCAGUACUCUAGCUUCCCUUACUUCCCACCG